GGAGUCGGGCGGGCCGAUCGGUGUGCAGCGUGGUCCGUACUGUGACUGUGACUGACUGACAACCGCCGGGCAAAAAGUUACUCUUGACUUCGCAGACAACACUGCCAACAUGUCUGGAGAUGACGAUUCACAGGAGCAGACCAUCGCUGAUGACUUGGUGGUCACCAAGUAUAAGAUGGGGGCCGAGAUUGCGAAUCAGGCUCUGAAGACAGUGGUCGAGGCAGCUCUGCCUGGAGUCUCUGUUCUCAGCCUGUGCCAAAAGGGAGAUGCCUUUGUCAUGGCAGAAACGGGGAAGAUCUUCAAGAAGGAGAAAGACAUGAAGAAAGGAAGUGCUUUUCCUACUUGUGUGUCGGUUAACAACACCGUAUGCCAUCACUCCCCUCUGAAGAGUGACCCUGAUGUCAUACUGAAGGACGGAGACGUUGUCAAAAUUGAUCUGGGUGUGCACGUUGAUGGCUUCAUCUCAAAUGUGGCUCACAGCUUCGUUGUUGGAGUGACCAAGGAAACCCCACUGACUGGACGCAAGGCUGACGUCCUGAUUGCGGCGCACCUGUGUGCUGAGGCUGCUAUUCGUCUUGUUAAGCCAGGAAACAAGAACUCCCAGGUCACAGACGCCUGGAACAAGAUUGCAAAGUCAUUCAAGUGCUCCCCUAUUGAAGGGAUGCUGUCCCAUCAGCUCAAACAACAUGUGAUCGAUGGGGAGAAAACAAUCAUCCAAAACCCAACAGACCAGCAAAAAAAGGACCAUGAGAAGGCUGAGUUUGAAGUGCAUGAGGUAUAUGCAGUGGAUGUGCUCAUCAGCACUGGAGAGGGAAAGGCAAGGGAUGGAGGUCAGAGGACCACCGUCUACAAACGAGACCCCAACAAGGUAUACGGCUUAAAGAUGAAGACAUCUCGAACAUUCUUCAGUGAGAUGGAGAGGCGCUUCGAUACAAUGCCGUUCACUCUGAGAGCGUUUGAGGAUGAAGGCAAGGCCAGGUUGGGUGUGGUGGAGUGUGCCAAACAUGAGCUCCUGCAGCCUUUCAACGUGCUGCAUGAGAAAGAAGGUGAAUGUGUUGCCCAGUUCAAGUUCACCGUGCUGCUCAUGGCCAAUGGACCUCUGCGAAUCACAAACAGCCUCUUUGACCCAGACCUCUACAAGUCUGAGCAUGAGGUUCAGGACGAAGAGCUGAAGACUUUGCUUCAAAGCUCAGCCAGCCGCAAGACUCAGAAGAAGAAGAAAAAGAAGGCUACAAAGACUGUUGAGACUGCAACCGGACAGGCAAUGGAGACCGAAGCUGCAGAAUAAAUGUGUCUAGCAGACGUGUGAUGACCCAAAGAACAGACGUCAUGAAUCCUUCUGUCCCGGACUCCCAGCUGUCUGAGGCACUUGCGGGCAUAGCCGCUGUGAAUACCUCUGAAUCUAACUGAUGUCAGUCUGGGAUGAUGCUGCUCCUAAAUUCUGUCACUCCACCUAUAACACACACACACACACUUGUACAUCCCUAGUAAAUCUCAUUGUCCUUGAGACAGCCUCUCCUCUUAACAGUGGACAAUUCUGCUACAAAAGAGGAUGUUUUGUGAAAGGGCAUAAUAGUCACUGGAACAUUUUAACCAUUCGACUCUCCUUGAGCCUUCGUCCCUUUAUCCACAUAACUGUAGUGAAAGAUGGAAAAUAAAAUGAGUUUGACAGAGCGGCCAAGGAUGAUGAAUGCACAAUUCUGUGUCAGUGUAUUUUGUGUGGCAUUUGGAUAAAUUCCUUGAGGUCCUAAAACUGAAGCCAUGCAUUUUGAAAUGAGUUUUAACUUGUCGUGGGCAGAAAUGUGUAACACCUGUCUUGAACCAUGAAGUUUUAAGCAUGACAUCAUUAUUAUUGAUUGACAUUAGUCACAUUAAUUACUGCAUUUAUACUGCUCUCGCUUAGUCCGUCUACUCUAGUACAUUGUGUACUCUUCUAGGAAUAAACUUUAGGUUACUCUGCUAACAAUUUCUCAAGCUGACAACUGAAGACCUUGUAGUUGAGCAAUUUAACAAGAAAAUAUUUCUCAGUUGUGGAUGGUCUAACUCCUGCCAAGGGUUCAGCAUUCAGUUUUCUGGUGCCACCAUCGAGUCUGUGUUUACAUAGGAACUCCAUACCUGAUGAUAUAUGGAUGAUUUUGUAAAACAAAUCCUAGUUUCAGAGACUAUUUUUGGAGACAUUAAAAAGCCACCUGACAUCA